AUGGCGGAAGCUCUCCUUCUCUCCGCUCUCCGCCCUCAGGCCGCAUUGGCAGGGGAAAAAAAAGAUACACAUCUAUCUUCUACACUAUCUUCCACAUCCAGACCGACAUGCUUUACUUCCGUAUAUACACUCUUCGUACAUAAUACAGGCCAUUCAUUGACUAUGUCUGCUGCUCUUCGGGCGCAGCGCCUGAAGCUUCGGGCGUUGUUGCAGCAGCGUUACCCGAUAGCCAAGACGCUCGACAAGAUACCCAGAGGGAAAAUGAAACUGAAUUCACAGUAUGAUAUCCUUGACAAUGAACUAUGGGACAACAUUUUCCAGCGUCUGUCGCCCUACUUCCCCCGGGACUCUCCUAUCGACAUCCUUGACCUUUGGCCGGGCUCUGGUGUCGCAUCUUCCAGAGCCAACGCGUUUUUCAACCCUCGUCGCCAUGUACUUGUCUCUCCGAGUGAGCAUUUUGACAUAGUUCACAAACCAAUUGCUGAAAGCAAGCCUGGCUAUAAACUCGUCCACGAUUCCAUCAACGGAAGGCAGGAUUGGCAAGAGUUCCUAGAGGCCCAUUUCCCCGAACAAGUUCCUCCUUCCACAGAGCAGAAGCCGGGCAAAAUAUUGAAAAACAGCACAUUACUCGUUCUAGCCAAUGUGCCCAUUUCCCCAUCAAAUUGGAGCCAUUUAACUCCGGCCCGUUGGGUUCAAAGGUUUUGGGAGACUUGUCUAACACAGACGGAGUUGAAUAUUUAUGGAACUGUUCGAGUCAUUGCCACAAUGCCCUACAAUGAGAUCACAACCGUAAUACCGCGGUGUGCCCUGGAACGCAAACGGGUCGCUGCACUUACGGAAGCUUUGAGUCUGCAUGCCUUCGAGGUCGCAAGCUCACACGACCCGGACUGGCACCACGGGUGGCGUGGAUGGGAAUUCAUCCAAACCAACAGGAUGCAAGUGGCUGAAAGAGCUGCCGCACACAACAUUGUCACUCCACCGAACCGGGAGAUACCACCGCUGGAAAAAACCCCAGAAUUUCCGGAUCGCAAGUCGAAGGGUAUCCCAUACACCCCUCGGGUGUAUUCACCCAACCAGAAGAAAUUGAUGGAAUUUGCAGAUGACACACCUAGUGUAAACGCCAAGGACAGCAAGGACCCCGCAAUGGUGGCAGCGAGCCGCAAAAGAAAUGCUGCCAGGGCGAAAGCAGUUCAAUUGGACAAAAAGGCAUACUUAACCCACAGCCUCGCCCAGCAGCUACUGGAAAUUGACGAAAAAGGCCGUCAGCUUGCGCGUGCGGCUGCGGAUCCUACCGAAUCUUGCGAAUCUCUGAAGGCAUUGGACGAUGAGAUUGAGUCGAUCACAUCGAAAUAUAAUGACGAAGUUUCCAGAAUACAUUGGCAAAGCCGAAUCAAUGUGUCUCACAUUGUUGACGACGAUCGCAUGCUCUACACCUCUCGCAACAACAUAAGCUCCCAGUUUUUAUGGGAACGCCGACCGUUUGAACCGCUACACAUUCGCUCCGAUGAAGUCUGGCCCGUCGGAAACCCGGUUGGAGUGGUGUACUUUGAGGCAAACGAUUCCCCUCCCAUGCUACAGAAACUCAACCAUUCAUCAGUUUCUCAACCGCAGGCUGUGCUUGAGCGGUUUGAGGUAUUGACCUCUAUUCUCGCCAACCGCGGUGAAAUGACUAUUGAAACUCUCAACAACCAACUUUUCUCACAUUGGUCAUCCAACGAGUUCAUCCAGGCUGUUCCAAGUCUCGCCCUCUUUGCCGGCAAACGGCUCAAACCCGGUUCUGGACCUCUGCCUCUCAGUGAUCCCACUUUGGAUCCCACAACCAGCUAUCAGGGCAACCUGGAAUACGACCUGAGUCAAAUUCGGAUAAUGACUAUCUCGGCUGAGAGUCUUCUGGACGUUGCCAUUGAAUACGAGAAGCUUGAAGCAAAGGUUCCGAUCAGUGAGUUCAAGCGACUCGUCGGUGGGACCUCGACUACACGCGAGCUCGUUUCGUCGAUUAGCUUUACCGCCAAGCGUUGA